AUGAUCUCCAAUCUUGCCGUCCUUGGCCUCCUAUGGGCUCCCGCACUUGCUGCUAUCCCUGCCCUGUCUGGCUACCAUGUUGUCUGGUCCGACGACUUCAAUGGCGACCACUACGCCGGUAUCGACCACAGCAAAUGGGUGCAGAUCGAUAGGUCUAAUAACCCAAACGGAGAGGUGGAAACCUACACAUCCGGCACCAACAACGUCCAUCUCUCGGGCGAUGGUCAGCUGUACAUCGUUCCCACCAAGUCUAACGGAAAAUGGUAUUCGGGACGCAUCGAGAGCGCCACUGCGCAGGUGUGCGACGAGGGUGGUGCUAUGAUCUUCCAGUCUGAGCUCUGGAUUCCCGACUUUACCGGGAACCCGGCCAAGUUCGCUGGUCUCUGGCCAGCUUUCUGGGCAAAGGGAAACAACUACCGCAGCAGCGGUGUACCAUGGCCACGAUGCGGCGAGUGGGACAUUUUCGAGGUUACUGAUAAGAUGAGCAACCAGAACCAGGGAACGCUGCACUUCCAGGAUGCAAACGGCAACCACAACGGUGCAUUCAACGGCAGAGUUACGUACCAGGGAGGACAGUACCAUACCUGGGCUUUCAAGGUGGACCGCCGCAACUCGGACUGGACUCAGCAAAGUUUGACUUGGUACCUGGAUGGUAACCAGUUCUACCGUGUCACAGGUUCUCAGAUCGGAGCCUACCAGCAGUGGGUGCAGUUGGCUCAAAGCACAUACUACAUGAUUUUGAACGUGGCCGUUGGAGGAGGAUACCCAGGCAAUCCUACUGAUAGCACCGUCAGUGGGUAUGAUGCCUCUAUGAGGGUUAGAUACGUGGCUAUCUAUAAGACUAACUAA